GUUCCCUUGCGCAUUCCAGCUUCUCGUCCUCCAUCCACAGUCGCUUCGUCCUCCUCACACCGUCACACUGCUUGCACCGAUCCAUCCUUGAGCCACUCAUCAACCGUCAGAAACUGCAAGCAGAGGCUACGACAUUGACAAUGGGCUUCUUCCACUUCAUCGGAGUCUUCCUGCUCUUCGCCGCCAGCAUCCUCCUCCUCAUCACCACCAUCAGCGCCCCCGUUGUCAACGACAUUGCGCUGCUGAGGGUCCACCUGAACAAUGGCAGCACGCUAAACUUCGGAACGUUUGGCUACUGCGUGCUCAACGCCGCCCAGCCCAAUGAUGGCAACGACUGGUGCAGCAAAGUGCACAUCGGCUACAAGCCCGCCAACAUCAUCGCGUCAACAGCAGCAUCGCAAGACUUUGACGAAAUCACCGGCGGCACCUCCGACGCCCUCACCAGCACCAUGGUCCUGCACCCCAUCGAGUGCGGCCUGGCCUUCAUCGCAUUCGUCAUCUCCGCCUUCGCCGGCAUGUUCGGCUCGCUGUUCGGCGCCCUCAUCGCCCUCGUCGCCUGGAUCCUGACGCUCAUCUCGCUCGCUAUCGACUUUACUGUUUUCGGCAUUGUGCACCAUCACGUGUCGGAUUACAGUGCUGGUCGGGAGCGGGCGACGUUUGGGGAUGGGAUUUGGUGUUUGGCUGCUGCGUUUGUCGCGCUCUUCUUUGGCAUGUUUAUUGUCUUCUUUACGUGCUGCGCUGCUAGGCGCGAGAAGAGGCGUGGUGUGGCUUCCAAGCAGGAGGUGCAGCCGGUGCAGACGAGGAGGAAGCGAUUCGGCAUGUUCUAGGCCGCUGAAUGGCUCAUCAAGCUCGCUUAACCUCCACUCUCACGCGGGGACGAGAGGGUGAUGUGAGGGAUGAUGGUGGUAUCUACCCUUUGCUUUUCUGCUUUUAUGUUUUUUCUCGGCGUCAACUGAGUAAUACCCGGAAGCAACAGCGUGGAUAGCAAGGUGCACAUU